AUUUCAAUAAAGUCUUGAGUACAACCUCCUCUCUUUGGUCAGUGGUGUUUGAAACAAGUUGGGAGCUGUGUGGAUUAUUUAGAUUACGUAUGAACUGCGUAUUUGGAUAACAGGUAGGGAUUUACGAAGAUAAAACACUGCAUCAAAAGAAGUUACGGUUAAAAUGAAGCCAGUGUCUCUUUUGUGGCUGUGUGCAGUGGCCUUGUUUGGCUUUGACUCUGUGCUGUCCCAGACCCCUUCCUACGGAGAGCGGGGGUCAGAUUUGGGCAUUCAGGUUUUCCAGCAGGUCGCUCGCUCCAAGCCUCAGGACAACGUGGUGUUUUCUCCCCAUGGGGUGGCCUCAAUUCUCGGCAUGCUGCUGAGUGGAGCCCAUGGAGACACAAGGAAACAGAUUGUCACUGCUCUGCGCUAUAAGAAAAAUGGCCCUUAUAAAAUGUUGAGGAAGCUCCACAAAACUCUGACAGCGAAGUCGAACCUGGACGCUGUGGUCAUCGCCAACGGCCUCUUCACUCAAGAGGGAUUUCCGCUGGAGGAGGAGUUUGUGGAGACCAAUAGACAGAACUUCCAGAGUCUGACCAGAAGUCUGGACUUCAGUAACCCCCAGGGGGCAGCAGCCUACAUCAAUGAAUGGGUCAACAACAACACACAAGGCCACAUCCCCAGCCUGGUCAAAGCGGACAUGCUGGACUCUGCCCUGACGCGACUGGUAGUGGUCAACUCCAUCUUCUUCAAAGGGGUGUGGAAAACCCGCUUUCAGCCGGAAAACACCAAGAUGAGGCCUUUCACUGCGGGCAACGGGAACGUGUACAAAGUCCCGAUGAUGUCCCAGCUGUCGGUCUUCAACAUAGCUACAGCCAGCACGCCUCAGGGACUGAAGUAUAAGGUGAUAGAGCUGCCUUACCACGGUUCUUCGGUUAGCAUGCUGAUCGUCCUGCCCAAUGAAGAGAGCACGGCGCUCUCCCAGAUCCUGCCCCACAUCAGCACCACCACAAUCCAGAGCUGGGAGAAACUCAUGCAUGCCAGGAAGGUCCGCCUCCUCAUUCCCAAGUUCACAGCUCAGGCAGAAGUGGACCUGGAGUCUGCCCUCAUAGCUCUGGGGAUCACAGACAUGUUCAGUGAGGAAAAAGCCGACUUCAGACACAUAAUUUCUGAGCCAGUGUUUGUGUCCAAAGCGCUCCAGAAAGCCAAAGUGAUUGUGAACGAAGACGGGACAAAAGCAUCAGCCGCCACUACGGCCAUAUUGCUGGCUCGAUCCUCUCCUCCGUGGGUCACAGUGGACAGACCUUUCCUCUUCCUCAUCCGUCAUAACCCAACAGGCACCGUCCUGUUCAUGGGUCAGAUCAACCAGCCUUGAGGUCCACCUUUCAAAUCUCUUGCCGGGCACUGCCAAGACGACACAGAUGUUAAUGUCUAGAACUCUGCACAAUGUUUAUUAUUCUGUAUUUGAAAUGCCUUUGCUUUCUGCACGAGAAGCCUUGAAAACGUUUGACCAACCAGCGCUCUGCUUUUUUAUUGUUUAGUUUUAUUUGUGCAACUUUCUUUUUUUUUUACACCAUUUGAAUGUCCUGUGUGUUUUUUGUUUUUGUUUGUUUUUUGGGGUGUUUUUUUUUUAGCAGGAUCAUGUUUAUUUAUCUUUUUUUUUUUUGGUUUGAAAAGAAAAAAGUUGCGCCACUCCAGUCUGAGUUUCUUCUGUGGGUUUAAAGUGUCAUUCUUCUUACCAGGGCGCCUUCAGUUAUCAAACUCUUUUCAAUAAAUACAUUUUUGUUUGUUAAA